AAUAUUUUGCGUUAUUCCUUUCCAUUCAAACGAGGCUACAUGUAAUAAGAACUUGACUCUUGCUUACAAGUGUUGCAAGGACCAUGGCUUAAAUGUUGUGUGGAUUCCAGAAAAUGAAUGUUUGGAGUUGAAACCCAUCAAAGAACAUGCGAGUCCUGAAAAGCACCAGCUCCCGAAGCCAAGUAUCUGCAUCCUAUUUACAAGAACCUCUUCACUAUAAGCAGCUUCUCUAAGGAGCCUACGCCUGAGCUUGUAUCGAUGGCAACGGGGGAUUCCCAAGACGACGUGCAGUACGUACGGACUCUCAGUAAGCAGAGCACCGCCAAAAAUGUCACAACUGAAGAAAACAACAAUUGCCCUGAAGAAAAAGACCUGCAAACGAUCUUUGAGAACUUGACUACAGCUGACGAAACAGAAAUGGAAGAAGAUGUGUCAGUAUUGUUGAAAUUUCGUCCUGUCGAUGCCCUAUUUUCCGAUCUCACUUUUCAACUCGUUGGUUCCAUGGAUGCGAAUUGGAUGUAUUGGACGACAGAUCUCAUCGAAAGUAACGGAGGUCGCGUAGUGUCAAACGGCGCCAAAUACAAGGUUACUACACCCGUCGUCCAUGCCGAAUUGCUCCCAGACGAUCCAGUUGGGCAAGCUGUUGCGAUCAACACAUUUUGGAUCGAGGACUGCAUCGAUGAGGAUUGUCUAGUGGAAAUUGAAAUCUAUCAUCAACCAAUCAAAUUCCAGAACAGUCAAAUAUUUGCAGGAUGUGUGGUGUCGUUCAGUGGGAUUCAAGGUCGACUGAGAGAUUUCCUUAAGUACUUGGUCGAACAUCUUGGAGGCAAACAACAAGAGUUCUUCUCUCGCAAAAUGGUCGAAGCUAAAGACGUUUACCCUUCCACACAUCUUGUAUGCCCCGAAGCUGAAGGAAGGAAAUAUGAAAAAGCCAUCAAGUGGGGAGUCCCUGUCGUUAACGCUGAAUGGAUUAUUGCAUCCGCCACUUCUAGUACUCGACUGAAGGAAACAGAUUUCGGGAUCUUUCGACCACCUGGUGAUCAAACACUCUCAGCUCCUGUUUCAUUUUCGUCAAUUACUUUUGAUGCCCCCACGCCUGUUCAAAUGGGGCAACCAACGAUUCCUGUGAUACUCCCUGUCCUGACUGACUCGGCUUCAGAGGGCUUUUUACUGCAGACUUCUCAUGGUACAAAAUCUUUCGGUAUAUCCCCCACACCUCGACCAGCUCUUAGUAAUAUGCGUACACCCGACACUCCAUACGGACGAUUAUUAAAUCCGGAUCCAUCACCAAAUACUCGAAAACUGUGGAAACAUGCAUUGGAUAACCGCGUCCGUUUGACGCCCAGACCAGAAGAUUCACCGACCACUACGUCUCCAAUCAAGAGUGAAAGAGAAACUUUGGUUUCCCUCGCCGAGGAUUAUUUUGCAAAUCUAACUGAAAAAUUGUUAAACUGCAAUUGGGAAGUUACAGAUGAGGUGACAAAUGCAGAAGCUUCGCCUUUGCCGGAUCCGAAUCUUCCUCCGUUACACGAGGCGAGGAUUUUUAUUGGCCAGGAGAUCGAAGAAGACAGACGACUCGAGAUGGAGGAAUUCAUCACAACUCUGGGCGGUCAAGUUAUUCUCCAGCACUCCCAGGAAGUAACUCAUUUCAUAUGUCAGGGCGAGUUGACCCCUUCCGAAGAUAUGCAGAAUGCCAGAAAAUGGAAUCAACUGUUCGUCUUGCCUCAGUGGAUCGUAGACUGCGAAUAUGCUGGAAGUCGUUUGCGUGCUGCAACUUGCUAUCAACCGUCCCUAAACUUUGAAACAGUUUUAUUACCAGAUGUUGCGCCCGUCUCUUCCGGUCCCCUGGAAACCACACAUGAACUGCAAAGCCUUCCCAACAGUCUAGCUGAAGAAGAAAAACCCUUGCAGGCCGAGCAAGUUCUCCCUCGUCCAACUCAGGAGAUUUCCUUGCCAAACGAUCCAGUAGCUAGCCAGUUGGAAAAUGUUCCUGUACGUUUGGCACCACCACCGUGUUCACCAGAUGCAGUUAGCCGGAUUUCACAAAGGCCAAAUGCAUCGAAGAGACUAAACGAGUCGAAGAGGCUAAAUGCUUCACGGUACAGUGGCCAUUCUUUCCGGAUCAUGUUCUCUGGUAUGUCACAAGAAGAUCGUGACAGCUGUGUUCAAAUAAUCGAAGUGCUAGGCGGGAUUGCCAUCGAUGGCAAACAUUACGAUUCAACAUGCACUCACCUUGUAGUUGCCAAACUUGAGUGUAACGACAAGCUGAUGACAUCUAUCGCUGCAGGAAAAUGGAUUGUUCAUCCUGGAUGGAUCGCAAAGAGCGAGCAAACUUAUCACUUUGUCGAUGAGCGAAUAUUCGAGUGGGGCAAUCCUACGUCCAAUGAUUCCAUUUCCAAAGAGGAAGCCAGGAUUUCCGCCGCUGCUUAUUACUGGCGCACUAUUCGAAACCGUGGCCUUUCUACCGGCCCUUUCCAAGGCAUUAAGGCCGUACUUUACCUCCGCAAGAAGAACGAUGCCUUCCAGCAGUUAAUUGAAGCCGGCGGAGGAGAAGUGAUUGCUCCCGAAUUGGCUUUGGAGAAUGGAAAGACCAACCUCUGUGUCCUGGAUAGUCGUGAAAUCAACAAAAUUAAACUUCGUUUAUACGCCAGUAAAGGUAUCUAUUGCGUCCCACCCAAUUAUCUCAGGGACUUGAUCCUCGCCAAAGACAAUAAGUGCCAGUGGGCGGAAUGUGUUUUGCCAGAAUUUCUCCCCUUUUUAGACACCAUUCCUUCAACCCACAUUUAGUUAUUCUAUUGUCGUUAUCUGUUCCUAUAGCUGAUUUAUCUCGAUAUAGAGUCUUAACUUGUUCUUUAGCGUCAGCAAGAAUUAUUGAACCAGGUUGCGGUUUUUGAUUGGGUUACAAAAGACUUUUAACGAAUGUUGGUCGAGAGAAUUGCAUGCUGUUUGUUUUUUUUAAGAAAAGAAAGUGAUAAAUGCCGUUUGUAUUUUUUGUUCGGUUGCAGAGUAGUGAUGGAGUACGGUAGCUUGUGAUUUUCUUUUC